GUUCAUUAAACGCACUAAAUCAGUUAUGAGAAAUAGAUUUUCAUUAAAAAAUGUAGCACAAUUGCAAAUUAAAAAUAAUAGCCUUUUGAAAGAGUUAGAUAGAUAUCAUAGGGACUUAGAACAUUAUAAAAUGAUGUAUGAGGUAGAAACUACAGAACUUAAGGAGAAAAUAGACUCAUUAAAUGAUACAUUAUAUGACCUCAACCAAAAAUAUUCUGCUGCCCAGUUACAAAUUAAUGAACACAUAAAAGAGGCAGAUUAUAUAUUAAAGUUAAGCAAUGAAAAUAUGGAACGCUUUGAGUCUCUGACCAAUAACUAUGUAUGUAAGUGUUCCAUAAGUGACAAUGAGCAACCGUCGCCCCAUAAGACCAUUGACUGCACUAACAUACAUAGUAUUCAACCAAUGGCAACACUUUCAUCUAGUAAAACAAAACAUCUUUCCAUGCAGGAAAUUAUUGUGUUGUCAGAUAAUAUAGGUCAGGGAUUUGGCGCUUUGCUUAACAACUUAGGGCAUAAAGUUACUAAUUUUUGCACUCCUAAUAGUUCAUUUACAUAUAUCAUGAAUUCAUUAGAUAAUUUUAGUUUUAAUGAAAAUAGUAUUGUUAUUAUAUUAUACGGAGAUAGUUUUAAUUUAAAAAAACAUGACAUUGAUAUAGGAUUUCAAAAAAUGUUAAAAAUUAGUGGUGAGACAAAAUGUAAAUUUAUGUUGUGUACAUUACCGUAUUUGCCUGGUUUGACACAAAAUCAAUAUAGGUUUAUCUAUAAUAUUAACUUGAAAUUGUAUAAUUUAACAAAUCAUCAUAGUGAUGCAUUUAUAUAUUUUGACUUAAAUUCCUGUAUAAAAUCUUUUUGUAUGACAAGGAAUACAGUGUAUCUGCCAUUUAGAUAUAAGAAAGAACUUGCUAUGUUAAUAGCAUAUAAAAUUAUUAACCAGUCUGGUACAUGUUCUGUAUCAGACCAUCGAUCUACUAUAAUUUUAUGUAGUAGGUAGUAAUUAUAUACACCAACCUAGGUUAAGUGUUGACAGAAAAUUUAGCCCUAAGUUAGAUUUAAACUAGUAUAUAAGACAACAGCUAAGCAGCCUUUUUCCAUUGUACAUCAAAAUAUUCAAGGCUUGGCUAGCAAAUUAUUAGAAAUAGAAUUAUUCUUAAAUCAUUAUAGUAUUAAAGUUUUUUGUGUAACAGAACAUUGGCUUAAACAAUGUCAGUUGUUAAUAAAUGUUGAUAAUUAUGAGUUAAAAAGUAUAUACUUUAGGAAACAUGCUAUUCAUGGAG